AUGAGCAAGCGAUCUUUUUCCGAACAGCUCGAGGAGGGCGCUCCCGAAGAAGGACCCUCGACUGGCCCUAGACAUUCCAACAAGAAGUUCAAGCCCAGCAACAGCGAUGGGCGCCCGCAAGUCAGCAAGAAGUGGAAGCAGAAGCGUAUCAGAGACAUCAAGAGGCAAUUGCAGCGCAACUCGAAUAUGCCAGCGACCAUUCGCCAUGAUCUCGAGCAGGAGAUCCAAAGUUUGCAAAACCAGAAGGGGGAGGACAAGGUCAGGAAGAUGCGGAGCGACAUGAUCGGGAGAUACCACAUGGUUCGAUUCUUUGAACGCCAAAAGGCUACGCGCCGGCUGAAGAAGUUUCAACGAGCCCUGAAAGAGGUGGAGGAUCCUGAGAAGAAGGCAAAGCUGGAGGCAGAUGUUCACAUGUCCGAAGUCGACAUUGCAUACACGCAAUACUUCCCACACCUUGAGCCCUACAUCAGCCUGUGGCCGAAGACCAGGGAAGACGGCGAUGCGAAAGCGACGGAAUCCGAAAACGCUAGGGCUCCUGGGGUACCGAAACCAGUCUUCAGCGAGAACCCGGAAGACAAGCCUCCGAUGUGGCAUGUCAUUGAGAAGCUCAUGGAAGAGGGUCCUUCGGCGUUGGAGAAGCUUCGCGACAGGCGAGACGCAGUCGGCCUUCCAGCGAAGGCCAUGCCCGAGACGAGUUUCAGGCCUGCGCCUGCCGAAAAGGCCAAGGAGGCACAGGAUAGGACGCAUCAUGCGAAGGAGAAGCCGAACAAGAAGGAGGUCAAGAGGACAGGCAACUGGGAGAUUGAUGCGGGUGAAGAGGAAGAGGAUGACGGGGAGGGCUUCUUUGAGUGA